AUGUCAACCACCUUUAAGUUUCCAGACCCAAAGGAGCCCAGGCCACGACGAACACGCAAUUCGCGCUUCCGUCAUCGCCGUAGCAAGUCGACGCCGUCGACGCUUCAACCCACUCAUAAAGCAGAUAUCCUCAAAGGACUUUUGGUCAUUGCAAGCUGCUUCGUCUUGAUGCCCUUUGACGCCAGUCGCAUGUAUCACGGUAUCCGAGGGCAAUCAGCCAUCAAACUCUACGUCAUAUAUAACGUCCUCGAGGUCUGCGACCGGCUGCUCUCCGCUGUUGGCCAGGAUGUACUCGAAUGCCUAUUUUCCCGUGAGACGCUCGAUCGUAACCCUGAUGGACGAAGCAAAAUCCUUCGUCCUUUUGCCAUGUUUGCGCUUGCCCUGAUAUACACCGUUGCACACGCCACCGCCCUGUUCUACCAGGUCAUCACACUCAACGUUGCUGUAAACUCGUACUCCAACGCCCUGCUUACACUGCUCAUGUCGAACCAGUUUGUAGAGAUCAAGGGUACGGUGUUCAAGAAAUUCGAAAAGGAGAAUCUGUUUCAGAUUACCUGCGCCGAUAUUGUGGAGCGCUUCCAGCUGUGGCUCAUGUUGCUCAUCAUUGCGAUGCGCAACGUUGUAGAAGUCGGUGGUCUUAGUAUCCAAAGCUCAGACACAUCUUGGACAGCAAUGUUUACUAGUGCCAAUGCCUCGACUGCGACUACUACGUUUACUGCUUCCAAGAUUAUACCCAUGAGCUUUACAAUAUUCCCAAAGUACAUUGCGCAAGUACUGAAUCCCUUCCUGCUUGUGCUCGGUAGCGAGAUGGCCGUAGACUGGCUGAAGCACGCGUACAUUACAAAGUUCAACCAAUAUAAACCCGAGGUGUAUGGCAAGUUCUUCGACGUGCUCGCCAAGGACUAUUAUUCCAAUGCUUUUGUCGAUGCAAACUUGACGCGGAGGCUUGGUCUACCAGUCAUCCCGCUAUGCUGCCUCUUCGUCCGAGCAGCUAUCCAGACUUAUCACAUGUCCAUUGCAAUGUACAUGCCACCCCCUCUCCCCACCAUGUCCACAUCUCUCACCUCUGACUCCAUGUCGUCGCCCUCGACCACUGCCGCCUUUGACCACAUUGACCGAGUGUUCCGCCGCGCCCUCGGGCGAUCCUCGUUUGGCGCCGGCGCUCCUGCCCAAGCCUGGUACUACCCUUCGUCCUGGUCCCUCGACGACCUCAUCGCCGGAUCAACAAUGCUACUUGUUUUCCUGAUUCUAUAUCUCAUCUUCCUUGCUUGUAAACUGCUCCUUGGUAUGCUGUUGCUGUCCAUUUCCCGUAAGAGGUAUCAUGGCAUGCGGGAGCGUGAGAUGAUGAGUGUGGAGACGGGGGGAAGGCGGGUUGGAGGCUGGGGUGUUGUGGAUGUCGACGACGAGAUGAGGAAGGUUAUUUACAGCGAUGAUCCCGAGUCGUUGGCACGGUUGAAUGAGAGGGAUGAGAAGGCGAAGAAGAAGGAAGAGCAGGAAAGAGAGCGGGGAGUUAGUUUUGGGCAUCAUGACCUGUUCUUUCAAUUCCAGCAACACUCUUUGCUCUAUUCACCUUCGCUUCCCUUCAUAUUCCCAUUUGCACCCCCUCUCCAUAAACCCAGACUUGCACAUGCCACAACGACCAUGACACCGCAACCCCCAACCAUUCCCUUCUCCACCCAACUCAACCUCCGCCGCCUCAAUGACACCGCCUUUGAAACCACAACGACGCCUCAACGCAUGGGCAACCCGCAACCAAUUGCAUACGGAGGCUACGCCCUCGCCGUCGCCUGCAAAGCAGCCUCUCUCACCGUACCCCCAGACUACCACCUGUACUCGAUGCAAGGCAAUUUCCUAGGCCCAGCCUCGACCAACCACCAACUGCGCGCCAGCGUGCGCACGCUGCGACAAACCCGGACCUUUGCCACGCGGCAGGUCGAAGUCAGCCAGGUACGCGACGAUGGCGAGACGCGCCUAUGUCUGAUUGCGCUUGCGGAUUUCCAGACCCCGGAACAGGAUGUCUUGCUGGAGUAUUCGCGCGCCCCCAGUCGGACGUAUAGUGCGUGGUCGCAGUGUCCGACGCAACUUGACGCGCAGCAGAAAUUGCUGGCAGAGGGCAAGGUGACGCAGGCGCAGGUGGAUGCGCAUGCAAAAGGGUUCCAGCUCGCGCAGGACCUGUUUGAACAGCGUGUUUGUCCAGAAGGCAUCUUUGCGCAGACGCUGCACGGCAUGGCCAAGUCGCUACCGCAUAGUCAGGACGGGUUGGCGCUGCCACAACGCACGACGGCGGAUUGGUUCCGUAGCGCGGAGCGGUUUGCAGACGAGGUGGAUAAUAUCACGAGUUUGACGUGGAUCAUGGACGCGGCGAUAUCGUUUGCGCCCCUCGCUUUUAGUCACUUGUGGUUUGAGGAUGUUGGGGCGGCGAGUAGUUUGGAUUUUUCCCUGCGCUUCUUUCGGAAUCGGAUUGAUGCGAGGAGGUGGCAUUUGAGGGAGUUGAGCACAAAGGUUGGGGCUGAGGGGAGGACGUAUGGGGAGAGUUGGGUGUGGGAUGAGGAGGGCAGGGCGGUGGCGUGUAUGACGCAGCAGAGUAUUUUGAGGCCUAGAUUGAAAGAGGGCAAGGAGAAGAAGAAGAAGAAGGAUAAGGGUAAGUUGUGA